AUGGGCACCAAACCAAAUAGCCAACCACAACAAGAAGAUCAGCCACAAGCCCAAACAACAACACCACAGCAGCAGCAGCCACACAAGAAGCAGGUAAGGAGGAGGCUGCAUACAAGCAGACCAUACCAGGAGAGGCUGCUCAACAUGGCAGAGGCCAGGAGAGAGAUUGUCACAGCUCUCAAGAUCCAUAGGGCCUCCAUGAGACAAUCCAAAGAGCAACUGCAGCAACAGCAACAACAAUUGAUGCAACUGCAGCUGCAGCAACGACAAGAGGUUCAUGUAGUGCAAGAGCAAAUCCAGGCAGCAACUAGAGCUUCUGCGCCUAUGAGCUACGCUUCUUCCUACUCAGAUUACUUGUACAACUCCCCAUUUGCACAUUUCACUGCUCCUAGUAGCUAUUCAUCCCCAGUCACUACUUACCACACACCAGUUGCGCCCAUGGUUGAUUCUGAGCAUGAUUUAGAUCACAGCUUGGUCCAUCUUCCUGCACAUCCAUUAGGGCUAAACCUUAGCUUUCAGGGUUUCAAUAGUGCUGUUGGUGAUGAUACCAACAACAGUACUUGUUCUUUCGAUCCUCCAUUACUCCAACCAUCACCUACUUCCUCCUACUCGGCCUACUCCUCUCCGUCGAUGACGAUGACGAGCCACGGCCUGUCAGCCGUCACCACGGAGAACACUUCACUGGCAGCAGAUUCAUCACUGCACCGAGUGCUGGAUGACGAGGAGAUGGCGGCAAUCCACUCGAUCGGGGAGCAGCACGACAUCGAGUGGAGCGACACCAUGAACCUGGUCACAUCGGCAUGGUGGAGCAAGCUGCUUGAGAGCAUCGAAGGCAAAGGCAACGGCACAUUCGAACAGGAGGCCGGAGGCGCUGCAAACACGAUGGAGGAUCCGUUGGUGGACAUGCCCGGUUGGUUUAACGACAGCCUUGGCCAUCAGGCUAACAAAGAAAGCAACUCUGACGUCCUCGGGAUGCAUUCGAAUGACUACUACCAUCACAACGAAGAUGUCUCUUUGCCCCAGAUGGAUAUAGGAGAAAUCGAAGGAUGGGACUUGGAAUGGUUCUCUUGA